GGUACUCCGAGCGCUGGAGCACGAACGCCGGCCGAAGCCCCGUUCCUGCUCCGUCACGCCGAUGUCCCGCCGCCGCUCCUCCUCCUCCGCCUCGCCGGUGUCCGGGGUCAGCAUCCUCCGCCGCCUCUCCUCUCCAUCGACCGCGCCAAUGCCCGGCCUCCGCCGUUCCUCCUUCACCACGCCGAUGUCCCACCAGCAGCUCCUCCCCCGCCGCACUUGCUCCUCCAGUUCGCCGCCCUCACGCCGUUGGGAUCCCCAGAUCGCUUUCGCCGCGGCCAGCGCGGGGACGUUCAGAACGGGCGACGCACACAACCUGUUCGACGAAUUGCUGCGGCAGGACACUCCGGUCCACAAUCGCGCCCUGAACGGCUUCCUCGCCGCCCUUGCCCGUGCACCGGACUCAGUCGCGUGCAGCGAAGCACCCGCCCUGGUCCUCGCCCUCUUCAACCGUUUAUGCCAAGAAGAAGCCGGCCCACGGGUCGCGCCUCUCUCAGGGCCGGAACUAGGGCCUGCCUUCUUCGCCCGCCUCCUCAGGGCAGGCCUGAGAACAGAGAGGGUAGUGGCCAACACCUUCCUCAAGUGCCUCUGCUAUGCAAAACGGACAGACUUGCUCCUGAGGAUGGCAAACCAAGGAGCUGGCUGCUUCCCUGACGUGGUGUCAUAUAGCACUGUCAUCCACGGCUUCUUUAAACAAGGUGAAGUAAGCAAGGCAUGCAAUCUGUUCAAUGAAAUGGUGAGAACGGGGGUUGUGCCUAAUGUGGUUACAUACAACUCGAUCGUUCAUGCGUUGUGCAAGGCCAGAGCAAUGGGCAAGGCAGAGUUGGUCCUUGGGCAGAUGGUUGAUAGCGGUGUUCAACCAGAUGAAGUGACAUAUAAUGCCAUGAUCCAUGGAUAUUCCACUUCUGUCCGGUGGAAAGAGGCAGCUAAAAUGUUCAGAGAAAUGAUAAGCGAGGGUCUCAUACCGGAUAUUGUAACUUUCACCUCGUUGAUGAACUCCCUUUGCAAGCAUCAAAGAAGCAAAGAAGCUGCAGAAAUUUUUCAUUACAUGACCGCCAAGGGCCACAAGCCAAAUAUCGUCUCGUAUUCUGUUCUGCUUCACGGGUAUGCCACCGAAGGAAGGUUGGUUGAGAUGAAUAAUCUUUUCCAUUCAAUGGCAGACAAGGGUAUUGUGGCCAACUGUCAUUGUUUCAACAUAUUAAUUAGUGCACAUGCUAAACGUGGAAUGAUGGAUGAAGCUAUGCUCAUAUUUACGGAAAUGCGGGGAAAAGGAGUGACUCCAGAUGUAAUCACCUAUGCAACUGUAAUAGCGGCAUUUUGUAGAAUGGGUAGGCUGGCUGAUGCUAUGGAAAAAUUCAGUCAGAUGAUUUCCAUUGGAGUAGGACCGAACACAGCUGUCUAUCACUCCCUAAUUCAGGGUUUUUGUGCACAUGGUGAUUUGGUAAAAGUGAAGGAAUUGGUUUCUGAAAUGAUGAGCAAAGGUAUUCCUCGUCCUAACAUCACUUUCUUCAAUUCAAUAAUACACAGUCUAUGCAACGAAGGAAGGGUUAUGGAUGCACAGGAUGUCUUCGACUUGGUGAUACACAUAGGUGACAGGCCUUAUACUUUUACAUUCAACUCACUGAUUGACGGAUAUUGCUUAGUUGGCAAGAUGGAAAAAGCAUUCGGAGUACUAGAUGCCAUGGUAUCAGAUGGCACUGAGCCUGAUGUUGUUACAUAUACUACACUUGUUAAUGGCUAUUGUAAAAGUGGAAAGAUCGAUGAUGGGUUGAUUCUAUUCAGAGAAAUGUUGCAUAAGAGAGUCAAACCUACAACUGUGACAUAUAACCUCGUACUGGAUGGGUUAUUUCAUGCCGGGAGAAGUGCUGCUGCGAAGAAAAUGUUUCUUGAGAUGAUCGAUAGUGGAAUGACCAUGAGCAUUGCCACAUACAGCAUAAUUCUUCAAGGACUUAUUAGAAAUGAUUGCACUGAUGAAGCAACCACCCUGUUUGACAAAUUGGUUGCAAUAAAUUUGAAGUUUGAUAUUACAAUACUAAAUACCAUGAUUGAUGCAUUAUACAAGGUUCAAAGAAGAGAAGAAGCUAACGAUUUGUUUGCAGCAAUAUCAACCAGUGGGUUGGUACCAAAUGUUUCUACUUACGGAGUAAUGAUACGUAAUCUUCUAAAAGAAGGAUCAGUGGAAGAAGCAGACACCAUGUUUUCAUCAAUGGAGAAGAGUGGUUGCGCUUCCAGCUCUCGUCUUGUAAAUGAGAUCAUCAGAAUGUUAUUGCAGAAAGGUGAUAUAGUCAAGGCCGGAUAUUACAUCAAAGUGAAUGGCACUAUCAUUUCACUUGAAGCUUCAACUAUUUCAUUGUUGAUGUUUCUCUUUUCAAGUGAAGCGAAACAUCGGGAACAAAUAAAAUUUCUCCCUGCAAAGUACCAAUUUUUCGAUGGGGCCAGCUGAUACGGUAGACUCAGCAGUUAAUCCUGGGCGUGGUUUGGAGCUCCCUCUCUAGGUAUAUUGAGUACCAUCAGGAGCUGUAUUGAGUAUCACUAAAUGUGGAGUUACAGAGAUUAGCAAGUGGUAAAAGAAACAAGGCAUAUAAGCAGCUGAUGGAGAGGAUUUCAUUUUUUAGAAAACAAUGCAGACAUGUUUUGACGAUCUGGCAAAGCUCUUGAUUUAUAUUUUGUGAAUCAUAUCAGGUACUGUUACUGGAGUUUAUGUAGGCGUGGAGUACGGAGUGGAAAGGAUCCGUGGUCGCUCUGGCUGGGUAACAAUUCUCUGAAAACGAACCUUACGUGUUUGUUGUAAUCCAUUGGACCUUUAUGUGAAGGAAAAUGUAUCUGCCUGCCUGCCUUAUCGUCACAAAUUAACAAUACUUUCUAUGCACUUGAAAUGUAGAUCCUUUUAUUUGGCUAACAUUCUUGGAUUAUGCAAGAUUCAGAUAAUAUCGUUUGCUGUACAA